AUAAAAAAGUGGAAUUGACGAUCAAGUCACCAUUCACUAUUGUUGUGUAUUGAGCUUUGACUAGCCUUUGUCGAGAUUACCGUUCGUAGAUUGACCACCAAUUUGAAAAGCCAUCGAGGAUAAUGCAGUUGCAAGUUCGAGGGCUCUCCACCCACACGUUGGAAUGUAACGAGGAUGAGACGAUUUCAUCAAUCAAGGCUCGAGCUGCAGCUUUGGAGAUGAUCCCUCCAGAGCACAUCCGCCUUUACAGUGCUGGGUCACCUUUGAAUGAUGACAUUACUGUUUCCCAAUUGCAAAAUUUUGACUUGGAAUUGACAAUCCCACUUAUUGGAGGUAAAGUACACGGAUCUUUGGCUCGUGCCGGUAAGGUUAAGGGGCAAACUCCCAAGGUGGAAAAACAGGAAAAGAGGAAGAAGAAAACUGGCCGUGCCAAGAGGCGCAUUCAGUACAACAGACAUUUUAUCAGCUCUGUCCAAACAUUCGGUAGAAGGAAAGGACCCAACUCGAGGACAUAAAUAAUUUUCAUGCUUAAAAUGUAACGUUUCUUAAAUAAAAACAUUUUACGUUACACCA